CCACUCACUUCCAGCCGAAGAUGGCGGACGGCGAAGAUAAACGGGCCGAACCCGCCGACGCCGGACGCUCCGUGGAGCCGGACGAGCCGCUUCUGAAGAGGGCGAGAGUCCUAGAGCCGUCCGGUGAUUCGGAGCACAGCGCUGCUGGCGGAACCGAACCGCUGAAGUCGGAACCGGCGGGAAUGGAUGGGGAGUCCUGUGAGGCCGCAUUGAACAACAGUGAACCUGUCGAACCCGAACCACAGCUGUCCGAGUUAAUCGACGAAGGUGUCCAUCCCAAUGGAUUCACAUCACCUGAUCUUCAUGACGAUGAUGACUGCUCCUCUCACGCCAGUUCCAGUGAUUGGACCCCUCAACCACAGAUCGGUUCCUAUCGGUUCAUUCAGCAGCACAUCAUGAGAGGAACCGACCCGAGAGCCAUCCUUAAAGACCUGCUUCCUGAAACGGUCCUGCCUCCAGACCUCGAUGACAUGACACUGUGGCAGAUCAUCAUCAACAUCUCAGAACCCCCCAAGAGAAAGAAACGCAAAGACAUCAACACCCUGGAGGAUGUCGUCCGGCUGCUGAAUGAGAGAAAGAAAAUACUUGUGCUCACUGGCGCUGGGGUAUCGGUUUCUUGUGGAAUUCCUGACUUUCGAUCUAGAGAUGGGAUUUAUGCAAGACUUGCAGUGGAUUUUCCCGAUCUUCCUGAUCCUCAAGCGAUGUUCGACAUUGACUACUUUAAAAGAGAUCCAAGGCCUUUUUUCAAAUUUGCCAAGGAAAUUUACCCAGGACAGUUCCAGCCAUCUCCCUGUCACAGGUUUAUAUCAAUGCUUGAUAAGAGAGGACGGUUGCUGAGGAAUUAUACUCAGAACAUUGAUACUCUGGAACAAGCUGCUGGAAUUCAGAAGAUCAUUCAGUGUCAUGGGUCUUUUGCGACAGCGUCCUGUCUUGUUUGUAAACAUAAAGUCGACUGCGAGGCCAUAAGGGAAGAUAUAUUUAACCAGGUUGUUCCUCACUGUCCGAGGUGUCCGUCAGACAUCCCAUAUGCCAUCAUGAAACCGGACAUUGUCUUCUUUGGCGAAAAUCUUCCAGAGUUUUUCCACCGUGCGAUGAAGCAGGAUAAAGAUGAGGUGGACCUUCUCAUUGUGAUCGGAUCUUCUCUGAAAGUUCGGCCGGUUGCUCUCAUACCAAGCUCCAUACCUCAUGAAGUGCCUCAAGUCCUGAUAAACCGCGAGCCGCUGCCACACCUGAACUUUGACGUGGAGCUGCUCGGAGACUGUGAUGUCAUUGUAAAUGAACUCUGCCAUCGUUUGGGUGGCGACUUCGAGCAGCUGUGCUACAAUUCCUCACGACUUCGCGAGAUCACGGAAAAACCGCCCGCCCCGUUACCCACCCUACCUGAACGGACUGUGGAGAGCAUGUCCACAAAUGCUCAGGAGCUGGAGGGAACAAACACAUCAGCUGAGGAGACCGACCACGCUCGGUCUGUCACUCCAAUCAGAGUCACUGAUUCUUCUCAAAGUGUGACGUCGCCCGAGAAGCAAGAAAUGGAGAUAUCUUCCCUAGAAGCCAAACGAACCAGCCCUCUUCCAGAGCAGUUAUCAAAAACAGAGAAAACGGACACCAAUGCUCAGAGCCCUGAGUUAGAAGCAACGGACUCAAAAACGCAUUCUCCGAAGACAGCAUCCCCCUGUCUGGAGAGGUUGGACUCCAUUAAUAAUGCAGCGUCUGAUGCUACAGAAGCCGGACACACUACUGAUGAUACACAGUGUGAUACGGAGGAAAGGCCAGAGAAACGUCAACGCGUUGAAAUGCGAAGACGCUGCUGGAGAAGCCGAAUCUGUCAGAGUCCAAUCAGCAAACGCCUUGGAGCCUCGCAGUACUUAUUUCAAGCACCGAACCGCUACAUUUUCCACGGGGCUGAAGUUUACUCGAGUUCAGAGGACGAGACCUCCAGUUCAUGUGGCAGUGACAGUGACGGCUCACGCUGCAGUGUGGACGCUUUUAAAAAUGAAGACAGUGAUGACGAGGAAGAUGAUGCUCUAGUGACGGACAAAGACACAGAAGGCUGCCUUGAAGAGACAGUACAAGAGAACGAACACCAACGCCUUCAAACGGACUGCACAGCAGAUACAAAUCUAUAAACCACCACAGACCUUUAAAACAUACUCAGUAACUGCUCACAAGCACUAGCUUUAUUUAAUGUGCUUAAGUUUGAUAUAUUUUUGUACUUCCCUCCCUUCCUUGUACUGUUGUCUUCUAAUGCAUGCAACCCCUUUCUUUUGUUUUGCUUAUAAAACUUUCUUUAAUUUAUCACCUGUCUGUUUGUAUUUUUGCAUUGUUUAAUGUUAAAUAUACGUUUAAUUUCAAUGAAUGUUUUUGCCUGAAAACGCAGUGGAAUUGAGCUUGCCAUGUAAUUGCUUGGGAUAAAAAAAAGGGAAUGAUUUUCAAACCAAAGAUCACUUUUUCCAUAUCUUAGUUUGUCCACUGAAUUUAAAAGUUUCUUGUUGGAACUGGUCCAUUGCUUGUGUCCAGCCUACUGUUUAAAGUAUUUUAUACUCCGUAAAAUUUGCUAGUCAUCAAAAAAUUUAUUUAACUUGUUUUAUGUUAUUUUACAUAUUUUUAAAGAUAGAAAGAAGCAAUUUACAGUCAUCAACAUGUACAUCUAGAAGGUAUUUUCAAGCACUUAGUAUGUUAAUGGUUCUAAACAAGUGGUUUUGACUGUACUUGUUAAAUUGGUUAGAGAAGGUACAAAAACUUUUGGACUAAUGUCUUUUCCUAUUCUCACUGGCUGGGCAUUAAAACGGAUCAUUAUGAGACUAAAGAUAAUUUAUCAACAUGA